UAUGUAAUGGCGAAGCGAUUACACGCUACCAUAUGGUUAGGCAUGGGGUGCCAGACAAAACAGGUGAUACCAGCAUGCUACCGAAUUGAUUGCUUGUAUCAACGUAAUUAUCGAUUUAUUUAAAUAUUAAUUUUGUUGGCAUAUAGCUAAAUCUAUGCUAGAGCCAUCACUCUUUGGCUUGAUAUAUUGGAGAUUUUCUAAAGGAUAGCUGACACGCUUGUAUUAGGAUAUGCUAAAUACUACCGCAAUUGACCUCAAGUAAAGUAGCAACUGAGAUUAAAUUUCAGAUAUCAAACCAUGCUAAAGAUCCUCUUCAUCUGUCAACGAUCGUAUCUCAACUCAGUCGUUUAAGAUUCAAGUGUUCCAAUAACGGGAGAAAGAUUCAUGGAUGUGUCAUCAGCAAUGAAGCCAUGCUCACAAAGUAUAUUGUAAUGUAAACUCUCACAGCUGACCCGGUUAUACCUUGAUAAACAGAAUUAAGCAAAGUAAUUCUGAAACUGUUAGAUGUUGAUGAUUUUAUAUGGAACAUGAAUAUGUUUUAUUCAAAAUGAAGAAUGUUACUAGAAAAGAGAUUUUGAUUUUCUAAUAUAAAAGAGAAAAAAAGGCAAAAGGUGACUCAUUAUGUCAGGAUUUCGGCACAUCCUCUCAAAAGUCAAUCGCAAAAAACUCCUUGAAGAAAAUGUGCUGGAGACACCACUUGAAAGAUGUCUCACAACCUUGGAUUUGACGCUACUUGGUAUUGGCUCCAUGGUAGGUUCUGGUCUGUUUGUACUGACUGGUGAAGUAGCUAGAAACACAGCUGGGCCGUCAGUCAGUGUCUCGUACUUUAUCGCAGGAAUUGCUGCCCUGUUGGCAGCAAUCUGCUACGCGGAGUUCGGUACGAGAAUCCCUAAAGCGGGAUCUGCCUACAUCUUCGCGUAUGUGACAGUCGGAGAAAUCUGGGCGUUUCUUGUAGGCUGGAAUAUUCUCCUGGAGUAUGUCGUAGGAGCUGCAGCAACAGCAAAAGCGUUUAGUGGAUAUUUUGAUGACCUGACUGGCAACUACAUCAAUAGCUUUAUUAUAGAUACUCUUCUUGGCGGAGAAGAAUGGUCGUCAGACGUUUUCUCUGAUUUCCCGGAUAUCCUAGCAGCGCUUUUGAUUUUAAUAUUAGUGAUCCUGGUCGCAUCAGGAGCAGCUCUGUCGACAAAAUUAAACAGUAUAUGCGUUGUGAUCAGUCUAGGACUCGUUAUAUUCAUGUUCAUAGCUUCGAUGUUUUACGCAGAUGUUUCAAAUUGGUCUGCGGGUGACGGAUACUUGGCGUACGGGUUCGGAGGAACAUUGUCAGGCGCAGCAACAUGCUUUUAUGCAUAUCUUGGCUUUGAGGUCAUUGCAGUGACCGGGGAAGAAGCAAAAACACCAGCUAAAAGUAUUCCUCUGGCUACGAUUUACGCAUUCAUUGUUUCAGCAUCGGCCUACAUUCUUGCUUCAAUUGGGUUGACAUUGAUGAUCCCAUAUACAGACAUUGAUCCGACAUCGGCCUUUUCAGCUGCUUUCGAAUACGUGGGCCUAGAUUGGGCCAAAUACAUAGUGGGCAUUGGUGCCGUCCUUGCAAUACUGACUUCUGCCUUUGGAAAUAUCUUCCCUCUACCUCGAUCUCUUUACGCUAUUUCAAGUGACGGCUUGAUCUUCAAGGUGUUUGCCAGGGUGAACCCGCGAACAAAAGUACCGAUAUUUGGAGUAGUUUUAUUUGGUUUAUUCGCAGCUGUUUUAGCACUGGUAUUCGAUUUAGACGCCUUGGUGGAAUUUCUUUCAAUCGGGACAUUGUGUGGAUUCUCAUUCGUUGCAGCGUCUGUAAUCAUCGUCAGGUACUCUCCAGAAUUAUGCAAUAUCUCUAUUAAAAAUCCACGGGGUUGCAAAAGGCUUUCUUAUAACAUGUCUGACGUAAGCAACCAUUUAGAGGAAGUCAGGAACAAUUGGCAGGACAUCGAUGUAGACAACAAGGAAGCAUUAACUGGACGACUAAAAGAACCUUUUCGAUGUUUUGACUUCCUAGAGAAUCCCGUGCCUGGUGAUACUGUCCUUUACUCUUUAAUCAUCAGCGUGUUAUGUCAGUUUACUGCAAUUGUUUUUGCAGUAUAUGCCGAGGAGAGUUUGGCGGAGAGAAAAUGGUGGGCAAUAUUGUUUGUAAUUAUGUUUGGAACUUUGGCGCUACUGGCGUUUCUUGUGAUACCAAUGCACCAUCAGAGUGAAGUGGAACUGGAUUUCAAGGUACCAUUUGUGCCGUACCUUCCGGCCGGAAGCAUUUUGUUAAAUUUGUUUUUAAUGGCGGAGUUGGAUAGCUACACAUGGCUUCGUUUUAUCAUCUGGAUCAUCGUAGGAUUAUUGAUCUAUGUUUGCUAUGGAUACAAGAACAGCAACGCUAACCAAGAUGCGAUUGCAUUUGUACCACUAUCAGACACGCAUUUACUCGAUGUUGAAAACUCACACAGCGGGGGUGUAUCCACAUAUGGUGGAACCACAGAAAAACAGGAACAGGCAGCCGCCGAUGAUUGAUAAUUGCAAAUUGAGUUCAUCAAUUGUUGUUAUAGUUUCAAAAUGGACAUUUACGUUAAGCUCCUCGAAUUGGAUAUUACAUGACCCCAAAUCCACAGUGUAAAAAACUUACGCAAACACGUGCGUUACUGGGACAGCACAUGUUUUUGGGACACAUUCGCAUUAAUGGUCUUUUUCUGAUUGGUCAUUUUUUAAGUUUGAUUGACACGUCGGAGGUUGUUUUAGGUUACAGUAUAAUGCACCGAAAUAACACCAAAAGAAAAAAUGUUAUAAAAUGUGUUAUUUAAUUGAAACUCCACUUCAGAAAGAAAACUUCGCCUCAGGAGUAGGCCCAACACUUGGGAGCAGUUAUAGGAAAACUCUAAAAAAAAUAAAUAAAGUUCGAAGACGGCAACUGAAAUUAUUUUGAAUAAUUACAUUAAAGCACUGUAGUAUUAUUAACUUUCACUGUAUGUUGCUCCACUGUAACAUUCAAAUUGGGCCUAGGCCUGGUCUAAAAUUACAGAUCCAACCAUGUUGAACUCAAGUAUUUUCAAUUAAAUUAUGAUUUUCUAAACGCCCGAAAAUAACACUUGAGGCGUUCUGGGCUAUCGUUUUUUUCUUUUUCUUUCUUUUUUCCCCCUUUUUUUACCUCCCAAAAAAGGGGGAGGGCUGGGGCCGGGCCGCCGCCCCUAAAUCCGCCUCUGUUGGCAUCUUCCAUCCUGUAAGUGGCGAGUGUACUUGCUGUUGGAUGUGAAGAAAAAAAAGUAAAAAUAAAAUACUGAAAUACAUUUUUUUUUAAACACAGUAAUCAUUAAACUAAAUUCCUGAUUCCUGAUUCAUCAAUACCCAACAAACACAAAACGUCAUCAUAAUUUUUGCGAACGUUGUAGUUCAUCUCUGAUGUCAGAAAAUGACGUUUAUAAAACCUUGCAACAACGUUUAGGCCUAUUUGUGAAAUUACCUUGACAGUAAAUACGUACCUGUAGUUAUGGUUCUACAAACACGUACAACAAACUAAAACGCUAUUAUGACUUUAUAAACCGGAGAAUUGUUCCAUGUUAAAUUGCAAUUAGCAAUUAUUGUACUGUAAAAAGUGUUUAGAUUCUAAAAAUGUAGUCUGUAGGCCUACCCAUUUUUUCACAUGUUUAGCUGGAAAUAGGUCCUAUGUUUAGAUGUUAAAAUCAUUAGGGUUUUAACACAUGUUAAGAUCCUUAAAUUAAAUUAAGAGUAAAGUAGUUUAGUUUAUAGUAGUGUUAAUAUUUCUGGUGUCUCUUUCCAUUGUAAGAUAUUUUCUUCCAGAUACCCUUUUCAGGGAAUGCUGUGAAUGCUAGAAAAGCUAAAUUUAGAUUGACAAAAUAUUUCAACAUUCCAUAGUAUUAUUGCAGUAUUUAUUUAAUUUUCAAAAUGUUAUCAAAAGAUACAAUAAAUAUUUAAGUUAGCUAAUUGACAAGUAAACCAUAUUAGGCUUACUGGUAUGGAAUAACAACAGUGUCGGACUCAUAGACGGUAAUAUUAUUGUAGCAGUAUUGACGGCUGCUGAUGUACGAUUAGUGUAACGAUUGAUCACAUAAUUAAGGUGCUAGGGAAUCAAGCUUUAUGGUUAUCCCCGAGAUAAAUAUGGUUUAGUCUAUGGACAAUUUAUUUAUUAUAACAUUGACAUGUAUUUUCUAUAUAUGAAGAAUAUAUAACUUGUGAAAUAUAAUUAAAACGUGCACAUAAAUAUUAUAUAUGGUAAUCGAUUAAUGAUGAAGAAUAUUUAUAUCCAACUCUGUUAGCAAUUAAAUUUAAAUUUAAAAG